AUGACAUCUAUUCCCCUGGCCGGACCGCGGCCUCCUCCUCAAUUACCACGUCCACCGGGCUUGAGUCGACCUCCUGCCAGGAGGAGUACGAGCAAUGUCUUCUCACCGCUGGACAGAAGACCUUCGGGGCUGCAGAGGCAGAUGUCGGAUAUUGGGGAUGACAGACCGGCGAAGAGGCGGAAGAUGGAAGGAGAGGGCCAGCUGCUUGAACAGCCUUCCAGCCACAACACUAUCGCUCCCGUCCUUACACAACCAGCCGACUCCGAGGGUGGGGACAGAACUGUCCAGCUGCGAUGGGUCAAGCCUUCGGCGAUCCGGCUAAGAGCGGGCAAUUCCCUGGGGAAGGACGAGGAAAGCGGCGAGGGAGAAGACGAUGUGCCUGAACUCCCACCCAGGCCGUGGAGAGCGAUUCAAGCGUCCCACGCCGUGGAAGAGCCGAAACCGACUCAUCGAUCUCGGGUCAACAUUCCUGUUCCCAACACACCGGAUUCGAUAGAACUCCCCUCUGCGGUACCUCAUUUUGUCCCUCGCAAGCCGGCAGGCUUCUUUCCUUGGACUGGGAAACAUGCUGAGGACAUUUUGAGUGACACAAAUGUCAAGACGGGCUACUUCGAUAAAGCGCCAACUCCGACAGAGAAGGAGCUGAAUACUGCGCGAGUACCCCUUUAUAACGCAUUCAAGCACAAGUCAGGCGUCGACAGCUUGUCCGUCUUGUUCUCGCUCGUACUCGACCAAAAGAGCCUCCACGGCACAACGAGUUCGGUCUCGACCUUCAAACCGCCCCCGCGCGUCACCUUGACCGAAGCGAAACGAAAGUCGUGGAUAGCAGAUUUGGCCAAUGCGGAUGUUCCGUUGAGACGGUUGAGUAGGACCAUUCCCCAGGGUAUCAGGGGCCAAGCGCUUUUGGAUCAAUGCUUGCAGAGUGAUGUCCCUCUGAGCCGCGCGAUUUGGUUUGCAAAGUGCGUGUGUGCAAACGAAAUUCGGACUCUGAAGCGCAAAGGGACAACUCCUACUGUUGCGGUCGGCACGGAGACCAAGUGGCUGCGUGAGUGGACUGUCAAUGUCGAGCAAUUUUUGGAAGCACAUCUUGCACGGAGCAGCUUACCGGAUUGGAAAUCAAACAUUCAAUAUGCCUUGCGGCUUACCACCCGUUUCUAUCUGGAGAAUCUGCUGGACCGAGACCACUACCUGGACUGGAUUUUGCGUUCUCUUGCUUCGGCUGAUGUCGGCCAUACACCGUUCUGGCUGAUGGUUACUCACAUCUACAAGCAAGACCUGAGCCAGUAUCGAAGAAAAGGUAGCAGACUCGUCGAAGUGCUCAUCAACAAGUUUUGCUCCCUGGACAAAGCCCAGGAGCCGACGAUAGCUCCGUUGCGGCAGAAGCUGCGUGCUGCGAUACGUGAACUCCUGUUUGCACGUUCCGCGCUGUUCUUGAUGCCAGACAGGUGGCCAGAGAGCAUUGAAAUCAUCAGAGCUUGCCUUGACCAAACUCUCCCACCUGAGCGUCAACUUUUUGAUGGACUGAAUCGCAUCAACAAAAGGGCGAUGGGCUACAACAAAGCGGAAAUUUCGUCCAUUCGAGCGCCUGAUCAAGCCAUCGUUGAUGUUCUCGACGCGGCUCGAGUACCAUACAAUCUGAUGGCUCUUGAAGACACUCUGAAGGCCGCCUGCUCUGAUUUUGCACUUCUUAUGCAAACCUGUCUCGAGUGGUCAUGCACCCGGUUUCGCUGCUCCAGGACGCGAAUAUACCUCAUCACACGCUUGGUGAAACGUUGGCAACGGGAGGGCCUCGAUGUGGAUACUGCGCUCCUCAGUUUCCUGUCGGCCUACAAGGAGAGAAGAACGACCGCUGACUCUCAAAACUUGAGGCAUUUGAUUGCGCAGUUGUCCAGGUCCGAUUGUUUCAGCAUCAGCAAAUACCUGCAAUGGCUCAUGGUUAGAGGCCUUCCAAAACACGGAAUGGUCGGUAUCGAUACAUAUUCCACCUCUGGAUCAGCUGCUGGAACUUCGCAAGAGGAGGACCCUGAAGCCACCCACUUUCUGCUAGACCUAUCUUUGGAUAAGGCCGAUGACCAUGUUGUCAAUCUGAGGCGCGCAAUCCUCGAGCGCGCCGGCUUUGAUCUCAACUCCGAAGAGGCCGCUUUCAGGCAAUGCAUACGUUUUAUUGAGCAGGGGUUAGCCGGUCCAAACUCUGCGUCAACUUCUCCAUCACCGAGCGUCGCCGAGCCGGCUUUUGAUUCCCUGCCAUGGACCCUACGGACAAGGGUGUCUAAGUGGCUUCGUGCUCGGGCUCUCGAGGGCGCCAAGGCAGAGCAAACCGGCCCGGCUCUUCCUGGAUCUAUGGUCCUGAACGAAGGGCAGUUCUUUCUGAUUCGGCACAUUCUUGAAAGCAUGGAGGACGAAGCAGUGCUGGCUGAUGUGGUGGGCAUCUUGUCUACGUCCAAAAACGAUGACCUGGUAGCGUCGCUUGUGGCAACGAUCCAUUUUCAUGCAGACGCCUUUUCCUCCAUUGGCGCGCUCGAACUUCUACAGAAGCAGAUGUGUCAAGUCUAUAUGACUUGGCGUCCGACGAAACCGACCAUGCCUCUACUUACCUCGACAUUGCUGGACCUUUGCACCGCCUUCCCGUCGAAGACGCCCGCGAUCAAGCUACUACAACAAGACCUGGUCAGGGGCGAUCGUGGCCGGGCAGUUGCGGCUUGUUCGCCGUAUAGUGACGGAAUCGCCGAGUCUUUGCAGCAGGCAGGCGCUACCUUCGUUGAGGACUUUGAGGCCAUAUUGCAGUCAGAAACCAACAUGAACGAGCAAACCAUGAAUGGACUCUUCUCGGUCCUAGUCGAUCGCAUUGAGAAGCAGCAGAAAUUUGGGGACGAUCCCCAGACGACGCUGUCAUUCUGCCAACUUUUGAGCCGGCUUCGUCUAUGUCGCAAGGGCCAAGGCGAUCGGCUCAUACAAAAAUGGAUGUCACGAGUUCUACCUCGCCUGGAUUCGAAGUGGGGCCCAUUGCUUCUUCGGAGCCUUGUCUCGACCGGGUGCUUAAGCUUCAACGCCCUGCUAGAAGCAGUUGCCACCUCUAAGCACGGAACACGGAGGAACGUGGCGUUUGCUUCCUUGCUGUACCAGAUGCUGGGAUCCACCAAGGGCACAGCACCCGACUGGGCGGCUUAUCAGACGCGAACUAGAUGGUACGAGUACGUGCAGAGGGAGCCCAAGGCCGCCCUGGAGGUCCUCUGCGAAGCUGGACUGCAGGGUUUCUCACCGAAAUUCGAUGCUCUCCUCCUGUCGCUGCUCGUGAACGGCAGCACUUCGAGCUCAUUCGUCCUGUCCGGAGGGGUUAGACAAUGGUUUCUCAAGACACUCAGUCGUUCAUUGAACUGCCGCGACGGAGAAUUGACCGGGACCGACCUCCGAGCCCUUUUCCAGACCAUGAACAUCUUCUCGCAUCCUUACGUUCAGCUCCGCUUGCGAAGCACGCCAGAAAGCACUGCCGAGAAGGGAUCGGGAGUAAAUCACGACGAGUUGGCGGAUGUUCUCCACACGUCUCUGCAAAAUACGAUGCAAAUAUCACCUCGGCCAUCGAGCAAAGGGCAAGAUCGGCGAUUCGCUCAGUUUCUUCAAACAGUUGGUCCAGAGGUAGCCUCUUCGAUCCGACACAAGGUUGAGAAUGAAUUUCUAGAGGCAUCGCCAAAGUUGCCGCUGGGUAAAGCGACGAGUCCUUUGGCGGCAGCGUUUCCGGGCGAAAUACAGCAGCUUGGCUCCAUCGUUGAGCGCGCGUUCCAGGUCUGCAGAAAAGACACCGUGCCGAGCGCAGGAUUCCUGUCACAACUGAUCGACCGGUUAUCUCAGUUCUUCAAGUCGCUAGCGUAUGCUUCAGUGGCUCCAAGCACCCCGGUCACCACCGGUCACCCAGCAAUCCCUGGACUUUCCGGGCCUACCACGACGACGAACUCCCCUCAAAUGGUGCCUGCGCCUGCUACUCCAACCAUGAGCGCAUCAGAAAAUGGACCGAGCGCCUGUUCCGUGCCAUGCUUGAGCUAUCUGAAGUAUAUGCUGCAGAUGGUGUGUCUACAACGGCCAGCAUUGAUCUUAGCUGGGGGUAGUGGACCGAAUUCCAAACAAGGCCAGUCUGAACAGGUGCAACUUCUGGUCCGUCUCGCGUCGAUAGCAACACAUCCAGCAAUGGCCGCGGCAUCAAAGCAGCAAGGGAGCGAAGAGCGGCAAGCUCUGGCCAAAGAUGUUAUCCUUUCAAUGUUUGACAUCAUCGCCACGAUUGUCGACGAAGUCAGCGAUGAAGUCAACAUGAUGUGUGCAAAGCUUUUGAAGGACAAAUUACAAGAUGGACGCGUCCGGUAUCUGUUUGGCAGUAUAAACAUGCUUGGAUCUGUACAAGUGCAAGACAUGGGUCAGGGUCUACAGCUGACGAAAGAAGGCAAGGGGGUGAUAGGGGAAUGGCGACCUCGAAUGUGGGAAGUGCUGAAUAAUGGCAGCGGCAAGGAGACCGAGACGUCUCUGGGACUAGGACUUUUUGGCGCUCGGUACGGCUAG